UGGUGGGGCAUGCGCAUCAAGCCGAACUGCUGAAGUUGUAAAAUGGCGGCCACUUACGGGUCGGGCUCUCAAAGCCCCCCUGUAAUAGGCAGGCCGUUAGAACGUGUUUUCGAGGAGGCGCAGCAUACAGGGGAGGUUAUUUUAAGUGGCAGAAAACUAAAGGAUUACCCUAAGAUUUCAACCAAAUUCGAUCUCGUCGACACAAUCGUAGCAGAUUUAUCCAAGAAUCGUCUGGGAGAUGUGCCUCUUGAAAUAUGUGAAUAUCAUUCUAUGGAGAGAUUGAACUGCUACCACAAUGUGAUCAAAGUCAUACCUGAAGCUAUAGUGCAGCUUCAAGCACUAACUCAUUUAAACCUCAGUCGAAACCAGUUGUCUGUCUUGCCACCGACGUUAUGUCAUCUUCAAGCGCUGGAGGUUUUACUAGCCAGUAACAACAAACUUGUCUCAUUGCCAGAAGAAAUAGGAAAGUUAGAAAAGCUCAUGGACUUGGACGUGAGUUGCAAUGAGAUCUCGCAUCUCCCGGGCCAGAUAGGUGACCUCGGUUCUCUCAGGUGUCUCAAUGUUCGCAGAAACUUGCUCGUUGAGCUGCCUCCAGAAAUUUGUAAAUUAAACCUCAGGAAGUUAGACUUUUCGAGUAACAGAAUAGAUAAAAUUCCCACAGUCUUUCGGAAAAUAGAAUCCUUAGAAGAAAUGGUCCUGGACCAUAAUCCCUUGUCCCUACCUCCCGCACAUAUCUGUACGAGAGGCCGACAGCACAUCAUGAAGUUUUUACAGAUCGAAGCAAUUAAGGAAGACCGGAAACGAGGAAUCCUUAAUGACAUGGAUAUGAAGAAACUUGCCAGGAAGUCAUUGCCACCUCAACAAACAUCAGAUGAACUUCGCAAUAUGUUGCUGGAAAGUCCUGAGUCUCGGUGGAAGAGGCACACAGUCCUCAGCGCUGACUCUGGCUACAGCACCACGGAUAGUCUGGAAAAGUGUGGGUGGUCACCCUCAGAGGUUCCAAUAGACAUCGAUGAAGCCAAUUCUCUUGCCCUUAAGGCCGGGGAGGCUGUCAAGGAACAGAGGCACGGACGAGAAAUGGACCUCCAGCGAAGAUUCACCCAAGAAGCUUAUCGUAAACCAACCAUAGAACACACGGAGGCCCUCGACCUCCCCCCACCCCCUCCCCACCUCUCGCCAGGCUCCGACUCCGACAGUCAGAGCAUGAUCCUCCCAGUUCCCCCGCCCCUUUCGUCGACGGCCCUGGAAGAUGAGUUUACCAGGGAACUGAUCAGACAGAAAGCAGAUUAUGAACGGCGGAAAAAAGUUGCAGAACAAAUUCGGCGUCAACAGGAGGAAGAAGAGGUGAAAAAUGAUGAGAAGGAGGAGCGAAGGCGGGCGGCAAUCAAAGUACAGGAAGAACAGAGGGCAGUGAUAGAAAGACAACGAGAACAACAGAGAGAAGAAGCACGUCUUGUGGAAGAAGCACGUGCCCAGGAAGAAGCUCUCAGACAGGAAGAAGAGAGGUUGAAGGAGGAGACUCGAUUGAGGGAAGAGCAGCAUCGGAGGGAGGAAAGUCGGCAAGCAGAACAGCGGAAGCCAGAAGGUGUUCGAAGAGUUAAAGGAGAGAGCAAGGCGAGAGUGACCUCGCGACGGAAUACAGUAGAUAACAUUGCCAGCUUCGGCUACCCAGCCACGUUGCAUGAAGACUACUAUGGUAGAACGUAUGAUUACGGUAGCUAUGACUAUAACGACCAUGGCUUCUACAUCUCAGACUAUGGCUAUAGGAAACAGCCUCUAAGUUCGUCAUCCAGUUUUAAAGAGGACAGGAAACUACAUAACAACACACAGUAUCGCCGUACUACAUCAGACACCGCUGCCCGACGUCUCCAGGGUAACCAGAACUCCCAUGUGGACAACCUCAACUACAUCAACCGCAAUGGUGUAGAUGAUAACGUCAACAACUCAAGCUCGUCAACACCGAUCCCAUCUCCUAACCCCAGCCCUUCAGGCUCCCAGAAUUCCCUCCCCUCCAGCCCCUCCACAGGGCCUGUCUCGGGCAUCCCUUCCAUCGCCAGAGUGCGGGAAUCGGCCGACAAGUCCACUCCCCACCAGAGCCCUGUUGUACGGCGUGCCAAGGCUACCGACAGAACGGGUGUGGCCAGUCCAACGCCUGGUCGCGGAACUACUCGUGCCGGUGGGACAACUGCAGGAUCCAGGUUACAGGGUACUGCCAAGAGGAAUCACAACACCUCUGAAGAAGAGUUCAAGCAGAAGCACCAAGCCAUGAAGAACCAGCAUAGCCAGGAGUCCCACAACCUGAAGAAGAAGUUGGAGGACUCCAAGCUGAAGACCAUCCAGAAAGACGCGGUGCAUAACUAUGUGUCCAAGGUUUCUGCAGCACGCUCGAGAGGUGAUGUUGAGGACAGGAAACGCUCAAUGACACCUCGCAACACAAACGUGGGCACAACACGAGGUACGCGAUCUGGUAAGUGUCUGAAUGGACAAACAGACAGACACCCCAAAUCCAGAGACACACACUCAGGACCAGUGCUGUCUCAGGCGUCGAUGAAGUUGUUGGAAGAGUACAAGGAUGCCGACCCCAACUUCACAAUUCGCCGCCAACACGAUCAAAGAUUGGAGGAAAUUGAACAGAUAGAACAGCUCAGGACGAAAGAAGAAUUUGUGGUUCUGAGAGAUACAAUCGAGUCUCGUCUGAAGGUGACGUUGCCUGAAAACCUACCUGAUGCCUUGAAGGAUGGCGUUGUGCUGUGCCACUUAGCCAAUCAGAUUCGACCACGCUCGGUGGGCAGCAUCCAUGUCCCGUCUCCCGCUGUGCCCAAGCUGACAAUGGCAAAAUGUCGAAGAAAUGUAGAAAACUUUCUUGAUGCCUGUCGGAAGAUAGGAGUGGACCAAGCUGACCUGUGUGCAUGUGAAGAUAUAGUGGAGGAAAUUCGACUUGCACGCGUCGCUAAUACUGUGCAACAUUUAGUCACCUUUCCACGACUAACAUCUGUUGAUUAUUAUGUGACAUACCUCUGUAUAGCCAUCCUCUGUCUCACAUGCUUUUUCCUCUUCCAACCACCUGUGUAGUUACUGCAGAAGACAGCAGGCAUCUUUCACACAUGGGAUAUAGUCCGUAUUGGGCAAAUAGAAAAAAUGACAAGGGAGGCAACUCAAAUUUGGAGACUUGCCUAUCACUUUCAUGCAUGUCAGUAUUGACCAUGGGCUAAUCAAAAAUUUACAAGGGAGGCAACUCAAAUUUGGAGACUUGCCUACUGGUAUGUGGUCCAAAUAAGGUCGUAGUCAGCAUGGCGGUUACAACAUACCACCAACACAGGGUACCAUGAUCUCAUGAGCAGGUGCCCUAAAGGAAUUAAUACCCCUCCUUCUAUAUAUUUGUGUGACCUGCAGGUCGUAAGAUAAUGUGUAAUUAGAGGUGUUUUAUAUGCUUUGACUAAAUAAUAGCAAGAUAGUGGAAUAGCUUAGUGGUUAAAGUGGCAGGUCGUAAGAUAAUGUGUAAUUAGAGGCGUUUUAUAUGCUUUGACUAAAUAAUAGCAAGAUAGUGGAAUAGCUUAGUGGUUAAAGUGGCAGGUCGUAAGAUAAUGUGUAAUUAGAGGCGUUUUAUAUGCUUUGACUUAAUAAUAGCAAGAUAGUGGAAUAGCUUAGUGGUUAAAGCGGCAGGUUGCCACACAUAACACAUGGGUUCAGUUCCUCAGAUUGAUACCCUGUGUGAAACCCCUGUCUUGGUGUCCCCUGAUGUGGCUGGAAUAUUGCCAAGGGAGACAUAAACCCAACUCAGUCACACUCCGUGAUUAAUAGAAGAGGACCUGUGACAGGAUGGUGUCAUUGUGUUUAUGAUUCAGGGUCUUUGUAUCCUAAAUACUGCACUGUCACAAGAUUUCUAUGUUGCUUGAAGCACAGGCAGAUAUGUUGCAUGAAAUGCAUGGCAGCACCCACUCCUAUGAUUUGAGCAGACAGCAAUAUCUAUCAGGGUAUCAAUCAUUUUAUGUACUUCAUGAGUUCAAAUGGUGAUUUCUCAUUGGACAAGAGCCAUAUACUUUAAAUUGAGUUAUUACACUAGCCUGUGACCAAUAUGUUUAGUAUCCAGAGAUUUCAUAUGUGUUCAGUAAUAAUAAUAAUAAUAAUUUUUAUUAAUAAUAAUAUUAAUUAUAGACUGCAUACACAAGGUGCAUGCUGAAAGUGCUAACGUUAUUACUCCGGCCAGUGGAUGAGUGUGCACUUGAUUUUCAUUCUCAGCUCCCUGGGGAGUAUACGUGUAUACAGCCCAACCCAAUACCUGCUCAGAGGCUUCUAUGGAACCCUUGUGUUGAUUUUAUAUGUUGACUUUGGUGCCUGACUGUCCGUUAUGGCAGUGUCUUCAGAGUGGUCACAGACAAUUGUUACUAUUUGUGACAAAUUAUCACUAUGUAUCCAACAGUAUUUGCAGAGAAAGAAAACAUGCAAUACUCAUAGUGAUAUGCUUGAUAAUAUACUCACUCAAACUUAUUAAUUCCAAUAUUUAUUAUACUAAUUUUACUGCAUGUUACUGCAUAUCAGGGCUCGAUUGAAGGAACUGAUUUAACUUGCACCAGGUGCAUGGUGACAUGAAAACCUAGUUGCACAAGACAGAAACAGGUUGCACCAUUGUCCCCUACAUUUAUCACAGUUGAAACAUUGUCUUUUAGUACCCACAGUUUGAUGACAUCACGCCUCCAAAAGCUUGACACAUACACAUAACACAUUUAUUAUUGAUGUAGUGGUAAAUAAAGCUUGGAGGUAUUGAAUGUUUUCAAAGAUUGCUGAUAGAUUUUGACAAGCGCUUGGUCCAGGAAGACAUAAAUAUUAGGUUUUCAUUUUUCAAUAAUAGCUUGCACUGGUGCAUGUUUUAUACAGCUAAAUCGAGCCCUGCAUAUGUAAGAAAAUCUCUUGCCGAAUGUUCCUGGUCACUGCUUUGCGCCAUGUAUAAGAUGUGAAUGACAGCCGACAAAUAGUAUUUUGUGGCAGUGAAGUGAGGAUGUCGUUAACUAUGUCAGUAUGUUGCCAAAUUUGAUUGGUUGAAUCAGUUAGCUGUUGUAUGAUUUCAGCCAAUCAAACAUUAGCAAGCUGUGAUACAUUAUCACCAUGCCUUAGCUAGUAAUAUGUUGUUGAUGGUUUAUAGACUGUUGUUUCAAUACCAAUCUGGCUUUCAUUUCUCUGGGUCAGCCCUGGCAUAAGACAGCUGUGAGCAAGCUUAAAUGAAAAGAUCCCACCAAACUGCGACAUAAAAUAUUUUACAGUGGAACCUCAGCAUUGUCAUUGGGACCAUCAAACACAUUUGGGGUUUUUCAGGAAUUCCAAUGAUGGAAAUGAAAUUUAUUAUCAAAUACAAAAUGGACAAACUCAAGUAUAUACAAGAUUCAGAUUUUCUAAGACAUUUCCAGUGAUCUAUCAUGAUAUAACAUUUAUACUAAGUUUUCAUAUAAUAAUUAGAUCCACAGCAAGCGCUUUUAUAAGUUAUCAUGGUGUAACAUUUAUACAAAAUUUCAUAUAAUUAUAGAAUAGCAAGUAAUACAUAAUAUAGGUAAAUGCAGAAACAAAAUAUCAGUAGUUUCAGUUAUAGUUUAUUUUGUUAGAUAGAUGCUAUCCUAAGAUAACGAGAACACAUCUCCCAGACAACUUUUGUCUUAUUGAAUAGUAUUAAAUAGUAUUUGCAGGAAAUGUUAAUUAUUAGUCACCAACAUAUUACAGUAUAAAAUCGGAAACUGUUAUUCUUGAGAUCUUGAGCUCCUAAAAGAGGAAAUACGGUACAUAGACUUAAGGAGUGUAUUGAAGACCCAGCAGCACCUAAAAGAGGAAAUACGGUACAUAGACUUCAGGAGUGUGUUGAGUUUAACAAUGUUUGAGGUUUCACUGUAUGUUCUCCCCGUAUAAUUAGUUGCUAUGGCAAUGUGUGGCAUUACUCGUAUACAGAAUGCAUCAUAAUCAAAAUAAUAACAGUGGAAUCAUAAGACAUAAUUAUGGAAGGCCAGUUGUCUACAGUUUCAGAAUUCAGUAUCACACAAACCCAGGUCCUGGUUUAAAAAAAUCAGUAUUUGAGAAAUAUUUGGAUUUUCGUUGUAUCCAGAGACCAUAUACCGAUGAUCUCUGCUGUAUCACCUAUAAACAAUAUUAAGCAUGUCAGCUUUUCAGUUUACUGCUUAUGAACCUUGUUAAUUUGUAUUAUGCAAUAAAUAGCUUAUUAUAUUAUGCCAUGAAUUCAAGGUGUGUUUGCUGUUGCAGUGUGUCUAUAUCACAGGUGCAAUGAUGAACUGGAUCCUUGUUACUGUUAAUCAGUUGUCCGACAUAUGCAAUGUAAUCAAGUGACGUUAUUGUUCAUGACUUGUUGACUGCUGUAAAUGAUUGUUGUUGUAAUCAAAAUAUUUUGAUGUUUUGUAACUAUAACUCGUGUGCCUAGCUUAGCAAAAAUGUAUAGUGUAUACUCCAAUAUUGUGUAUGUCAUGAUCUUGUCCUAAUAUCCUGUUUAAAGACAUGGUUGAAGCUCAACAUUUCUGAGGUAGUUUCCUAAUCGUAGGUGUGAACUUUUACUUUUAACAGUUCAUAUGUGUGUGUCAAGGCAUGCAAGGUUUUGUAUUUAAUCCUGUUAUUCUUGAAAUAUUCUUGUAAUAUAUUUCAUACCUUUGAUGUAUUGCCAACAAUGUGGUUAUAACCCUAUUUUAUUAUUCCCCUUCAGUGCUCAAUUUGAAAUACUUUUCAUAUUUCUUUUAUUCAGUCUAGCCCUUUUAUUUUAUACCAGCUGUGUUCAGCUGUUUCUUUGCUUUCAAACAACAAGAACAAUCAUCAAAAUAAUGUAGAAACAGAUGGCCUAAUAUUUUUGAAUGUCAUCAAAACUCAGCCUUAAUCAAAGCAAUAGCUUGUUUGAAUAUUGACAGUGGACAAAAGGAUGACAAGGGAGUGUUGCCUUUGCAGUCAGUGUUAGUGUAUACAACAGUUAUGAGUGCUCAUAUAAGACAUGGUGCCUGGGGUGUCCGAUACAGGUGUUAUGAUAUAUUGUUCCUAUAAAGAUGCAGUUAAGUCUUCUGCUUAGUCUCAUCCAAGAAACACAUCUUAGGGCUGACACUAUUGUAAGUUCAUGUCAUGGGUAAGCCCAACUUGGAGACAUACAGCAGAACAUGGUUGUAACCAACUCCAAGGGACCGUUGAAAUAAAUAUCCAUAGUUUGUUAUUCUCCAAGUCAUGUUUCUCUUCUGCAGCGUGAAACACGAACAUUGUGGUACACAAGUUAAAUGAGUUGUUGAUCGUGCGUUUAGAACAGGAAGAAAUAACAAUAUCGGUUUAUUUGCAUUUUAGGUGCCACAAUUCGCUGUGCAGAAAUGCGUUUCUUGGGCACACCAGAAACUUAUGAUCAUGGGUUUCGAAUCCUAGUUCGCCCUGAUUAUGUUUCUAGGUUUGUCAGAACCCUACCCGUGCUUGUUUGAUACUUGCACCUGCUUCACUUUGGGCUUUCCUCCCACACUUAGUUGACACGCCAAGAUAUGACUGGAAUACUGUUGAAAGUGGCGUUAAACUCACUCACUCACUCACUCACUCACUCACUCACUCACUCACUCACUCACUCACUCACUCACUCACAGAUGCAUUGUAUGAAGUAAGGUUAGGUCACCUUUUGGGAACCUCAAAAUCAAAUAUGUCAGUCACGCUAUCUCAGUUAAUUGUUUGGUUUUAUAUCUUUGAUAUGGACUUGUGUUGUAGUGACAAGUAUAGUUUGGAUUCAUCGCUGAAUUAUGAAACUUGAGCGUGCUAGAUUUUGACAUACUUUUUUUACUUAAUAUUUAGUUUAAGGUCUCUUGGAGAUGAAAUAUCAGUUUGCUGUGUUUGUUAAUUUGUUCCUUUUGUGAAUUCUAAAUGAUUAAUUAAAUAGUAAGCAGUCAGGACUUCUGAAAUAGUUCAGUACAACCGUUGUUUCGUUAAAACCAUGUUCUCCUGUAUAUAUACUGCUGAAGAAGUUCAAGAACACCCGAAUCCUUUGUAUUACUAUAGUUAAUGUCUUGCCAUGAUGGGUUCAGAAUCUCAUUCAGCCUGACAUAUUGUAUAUUGGCUAGUAUGUAUCAUGAUACAACACUGUACUCCCACUUCGUUACAUCCCUACUAUAUACACAUACAUACAACUCUGUCUUACCACGUUGUUACAUUCCUUCUGUGCGUACAUACAUCCAAUGUUCAUGUUCACUGAUAUAUAUAUAAUUUAUUAAGUGAACACCCUGAUUUGGAUAUUUGAUAAAACAAGAAUCAUACCUUGAAUGUACUUGGUGAAAGAACAAAAUCUGUGCUUGUUAAACAUAUUACAUUGUUGCAUUGCAUUUAUUGUUGUAUUGAUGUUGUGAAGGCAAUUUAGAUCUUACAGAACAUUAAUUUGGUUGUUGAAAGUAUUAUGGUUUUCAUUGCUUGUGAUCCUGUUUCGGAGAUUGACGUUUAUACACUGCACAUUCCCCUUCUUCUUUCUUACUUCAAACAUCAGUCCAUCACAAUGACAAAUCAUGCCAAUCGCUUCACUUCAUCGUUGUUUCCUAAAACUAAUUAUAUAAACCUUGUUAGAAACAAUAAUAAUGAAGAUAUCUUGCCUGCAAUUACCUUGAGAUGUUUGACAUGCAAGUUGUUUUCUGUAAGGUGAAGGUUGAAAGUCUGUAAUAUAUCAAGAUUGCUUUUUUGACCUCAUACUAAUCCCUGAAAUGAUUGAUAAAGUAGGUAGUUGUUAAUCUUAGCAUACAGGUCAUUCAUCUAGUUAAAUGAGCAGUAUAACCCAAACACAGAAAUUGUUCAUAUUCUUGUUUUUUGCAUGAACAGUUUUAUUAAUAACAUUUUGUGAUGCUUUGCAAUGCUAUACCACUUUUAUUUAUUUCAAUUCUUCUUAAUCCUUUCAGGAGCAGAUAUGUUCAGCUCACGAUAUUCUUGAAGAGAAGGGUAUUUCCCGUGUGGCAAUCACAGUUGCUGCCCUUGUCGCCAUAGGAACCAACCCCAAACAGUCGGCCGUAUGACAAUUGGGCGAGCUGCUAGGGGCCAUUGCCUGUCUAUUUAUAGUGUUGGUGCUCUUCCUAUCAGCCUCGGAGCAAAUGGGUGUUCCCGUCUACCCCUAUGACUAGAGUUAUCUCCCUUGAGGAUACACUGGGGUUAGACAUUAAUGGGUCCACCUUUGUUGGAUUUUUGUGCAUGUGAUGUCAAUGACUGUCAAGCAUAUGCAUUUGAAACAUUAAUAAAUACCAUUUGUUUAUGAAUCACGUGCACAAAAAUGAGUCAAAAUGUGCCUUGUAAUGCAAACACCACUCUGAUAUCUCUCAUACUUUAGCAUAAUAAACAAAGUUUCCUGUGUAAAUUUUGCAAGAGUUUUCGUUAAAUACAUCAAUUUCUCUCAGAAUAUGGAGGGUUGGUCAGACAGUGGUAUUACAGCACAUUUUGGCUCUAAAUCCUUCAUCUUAACAAAUUCCUUAGGCUUGAUUAGGUAUUCAUUCAAGCAAUAGGGGUCUGUAAUAAGAUACUGAUUGGGUAAAGGAAUGCUACAAGAACUGUAUAUAUUCGUGUGUAACUUACAUGGAUGUAAAUGUGUAAAUAUGGCCACAAGACGUACUUAGUUAAGUGCAAGUCACAUUUUUCAUACAAGUAUCAUUUGAUUUUAAAAAUAAUUGUAGACAGUAGAUGUUUUACUGAGGACCAAUACUGACAAUACCGAAGUGCUGGGUUUGACCUUUUAUGACUGAUGUUUGCUUAUUUCCUUGAAUUAAAUUGAUAAGAAGAAAAAACAGUUACGUAUACUAUUACUUUAUAUAUGAAUAAGCCAAUAUGCAAAGAACAUGUUGUUCCAAGAAGUCACUGCCAAGCCACAUUUGCAAGUCUUGAGAGAAUUGCAAUUAUGUUGAUAUAUCCAUCCAUACUGAAAUAUCUAGUCAUGAGAAAUGGUUCUGUGGAAAAAAAGUAGCGAAACACUUAUACUCUGUGAUUCUAUAAUAUCAUGCCUUAUGUGAAUAUCAGUUUUUAUAUCAAUUGUAUUCUGAUUCUAUUCCAUAUUCUAUAUUGUAUAUCCUUAAUAUUCUUUUUUUUUUCUAACUACUUCAUUUGUGUAAAUACAUACUUUGAGCCACAUGUGAAUGUGAUUUCUAUGUUUGUUACUAACUGACACAGAAGAAUUAGCAUUCCUUUCCCAAUCAGUUGAUUCCGAGGUUUUGCUUUGAAAGGCGGCACAGGAUUGACUGUACAAAGUUGUAGAAAAUAAGGUAUUAUUUUCAAGUGCAAUAACACUGGUUUUAAGACAGAAUUCUAUAAUAUAUUGGAUUUGCUUCAAUGUCCUUUAAACCUCUUGUAAUAAGUUAAGUGUUUCAUUCUUAUUGAGGAAUCAUUGUAUCAAGUAGAGUUCUCUUUCAAAGACAACAUUCUUGAACACAGAGAACUGGUUUCAAAUUUUACUAAAACAGCUGUCAUACUAUAAAUGCCCAUCAGUAAAUUCACAGACUGUUGUCUGUUUUAGUAAUUAGAUAUAAACUCAGUUCAUAGAUUUUCUUGUGUUGUUUAACUUUUUAUUCAUAUUCACAACGAAGUACUCUAUAAACCACAAUGAUUCACUGAAUCUGGAUUUAUUGCUAAUAGGUUUACUGGACAUUGAAGCGUCUCUUCACAAUCAAAAAGUGAUGCAUACAUUUUCCACACAUGCCUCAAGAAUUUUCGUUAGAAUUUCGAAUUUGUAACAUUUCAAUGAAUGUUUCUUAAUUUGAUGCUACAGUGUAUUUACAUUCUCUCUAUAACUUGCCUUGGACAUUUCAACUUAAUUUUUGCCCCUUUAGUGUUAAAAUGUUUAUGAUUUAAUGUUUGCUUUGUUUAUUUUCUUGUCAAGCCUGUAACAUAGCAUUUGGAUGAUUCUGUUAUAGCUGUCACUCAAGGGGCUAUAUUUUGAGGCUGUGUGGUGUAUGACUUCUGAGAUAACUAAUCAGACCAAACUAAUCAGAAAUAACCAGAUGAUUUAUCAACAACCACUUUGAGACUAGGGAGCACUUGGAUGUUUCGUUCACACAGGAGUACACAGCACUUCAGUGUCGUGGGCUGGGUGGGGCUUGGUCAUAUCUUGGUGUGGAAUCUGUGUUAAGCUUGGUCCUACCUUCAUGCUAUCUAAUAGUCAGGGAACUCACAUGACACGCUAUUCGACACAUUGUGGACCCAGGUCACUAAUGGAUUUAUUUUAGUGAGUAAGAACCAUACAUCAGCGGGCUAUGUUUGACAUUUCUACUGCCUUGCUAAUCAUGUACUGGUGUAAGGUAAAUCCAAACAGUCAGGGAAUUAGGAAAAUAACACCAUGUUGCAAUGAAAUGUGGCUUCAUUUUGGUUCCUGGUGUUCAAACAUGCUGUAAACAAUCUUCAAGUGGAGGGACUCACAAGGACAUUCAAUGUCGCUAGGAACUAAUCUUGCUCUCAGCUUUGCUGUGCUGUGAAGGUUGAUUAUAAACAGUGUAUAAAUUUUCAAAAUUCAGCCUCCCAAUUUCAUGUUAAUUAAAAUUAAUUCAUCCACGAUCAGCUGGUGUUUAUUCCUAUUUAACACUUAAUUCCUCCUGAGUCUUCUAGUCAUUCAUAUCGUUUGAUCCAAUCCAUGUUCACUGACAGUGAACAUCAACCAGGAAUUGUCUGAUCACCAGCCAGUGCGUUCAUCACACAGAUUCCUAGUCAAGACUAUGACAGCUUAUAGUGGGGAAGGUUUGGGGACACAUGUUAAGCAGGAACAGGCAAUUGGACAAAAUUACCGACCUAGCAGCUGAAUUACAUCGGCUUUGGCCAAAACUGGGCCAUGUUUGAACUUAAGGAAGACAUGUAUGACAUCUCUUGCUUCAGUUUGAAUAUGUCCCCUGUGUAUGUAACUGACUGUUGACAUUAUUGCAACUAUCACGAGCUUCCAGAUUUACUCUUAACCCUUUCAAUGAACACACCUGUAAGUGUUGCCAAUAACUUAAGGCUUGGAUUGCCAUGCUCAUGGUGAACUUGUUAACUGAAUCAUGGCCUUGGCAUUGUCUCAGCUUUGACCAGUGUGAAACCACUCCUCCAAGCAGGUGCAUACUUCAGUGGCAAAUAACAUUGAAAGGGUAAAGAAUUGAUUAAUAUUACAUGUUGGAAUCCACCUUAACCCUUUUUAAUCAUGUUUCAUUUGAUAUUUACUGCUGUAAAUUGAAGCUGGUAGUUAAGGGGUUAAGUGGUAGAUCCGUAUCUACUGGUGUUCUGGCUUGGAGUUGCUCAGCACUGAUGUCCAACUGCUUAUUGUCGUCAUCAUCGUCAGUUGUUUAGAUGGAUCAGAAAAUAAUCAUGUAUUGCAGUCUUAAUCCCAGAAGGCAGUCAGAUUAUAACCAGGAAGAUAUUUCACAAGAUGUUCAAAUCACUUUCUUAACUCGCCAACAACUACUUAUAAACAAACUUAAGAAAAGCCAUGCUGGAACCUACUUUUGCAGUGUAUUGGGAUGAAUUCCCGCACGGAACCAGACGCUGGAGAUCCACCCAUGGAUGUGUUUUCAUGUGCUGUAUUUACAAAAGAGUUGAGUCAGCAUUGUGGUUUUCUUAAGGUGUUUAUCGGGAAGUCAUUCAAAAACAAGAUGCUCAAAUCAGAUUGUAAUUAACACAAUCAGAUAUGCAAUAUUCUAAUUUUGUUCCAAGUUUGGUACCUUCUAUUACAGUUACUUGUUACGACUUUAAUAUGUGUAGGACAAUAUGCAAGUUAUCACACAUUCCAGUACCGCAUUUCAUUACCCUCAUUUGUCAGUCUUAUUUGAGAUGUACAUUAAAAGAUUUUCCCCUAUUAUAAACUGACUGCUUUCUAGGACUAAAACUAGACAUAUACCUGUUAGUGUGUGUGUAAAUAUUUAUAUUUUGUUUUUGGAGUUCAUAAAUUACAAUUUAAAAUGAUUUAUAACACCAUCAAAUAUUCACCCAAAUAUAGACGUAUAAUAUAAUACAUGGAAAUAAUCAUUAUCAGUAUACUGAAUCAGUGUUUGAAAUUCAGGAUGAAAAGCAAGGGGUCCUGGUGCCCUAAUGUUAAAAGAUCAAUAUUUAGGGAGUCCCUGGAUGAAGUACUGUUGGGGGAGCUCAAAGGACCCCAGGAGUCCCCUUAAUUUAGAACCCUUGAAUUAUUGUCAGUUAUGAUCCAUCCUUCAUACACAUGUAGACACAUUAAUCAAUGUUUAGUACCAUACAGACUAGGCGGAGGUAACCAUGGAGAUGUACUCGUGCAUGGUUAUACAACCUGUAUACUUGUUUUCUGUUCAUUUGACUGUUCCUUUACUUACACACUGAAAACAAGCCUUGUUUUGCUGCUUCGCCGUAUCCCAGCAACAGCUGGUAAGCUUGCAAUGCUAACGCUGUUAGGUUUGGAUGCCUUUUUAGUUACAAAGUUCCGUGUAAGACCAUGAUCAAAACCAGAAUUUUAUACAAGUUAUAGUUUUGCGUUGUUGCAUUCAGUAGGUUAGGAUUUAUGUGACCUUGAAGAAAUAUCAAAAUAUCCCUUUUCAAGGUGAAGGUUUCAAGAUAAAACCAUUGCCAUGGCAACCAGUGAAUUCAGAUAAUUGAUAUUGUAGCUGAAAAGGCAUAUCUGUUUGUUUUGUUGUAAAUGGUUUUAUUUAAAUUUUGUAGAUUUCAUUUCCACUAUGUACAAUUUUUAUGUGAAAGGAUUAUAUGAUUUUCCUAAACCACUAUGAUUACAUGAACAAGUACAUUUGUAAUCACAUGGCAUAUCCCUAUUUAUUGUUGUAACUUAAUGAAAAGAAACAGAUUUUUUGUGAUAACAUGUUUUGUACCUUCAAACACUGCCGGUGGUCUCAAUGUUAAUACCCUAUUUCAUACAAUGGCACGACCCUUUAUUACUGACCAUAUAUACACACAGGUCCAAGUAUUUCAUGAAAUGGGUUACAGGAUUGCCUUAUUGACAUUUAGAUUCAAUCAAAUAUGUUAUUUGUUGGUCAUGUAAUCCAGACAUAUUAUUCUUUCAUUCCAUGACUUUUUAUGCUUUAACUAGUUUUGAUAAGUUAAGCAGAUAUCAAACUCUUUACUUAAAUAGAUAACCAAAUACUUAGGAUUUCAUUUCAUUGGACUAUUGCACAUUGACCAUUUAUAAGGUAAGCUCCUUUUUGUACUGUAGGGGUAAGCUGGUGGUGUGAUUUCGAGGUAUAUGUAUAUCAUGAGAUUUUGUUUUCGAUCAUAAUUCAGUGUUUUGAGUGAGAAGCUAUCAUGGAAUGAUACAAUGGUAUUUGAGGAAUAUCAGACUACUGCUUUAUUCAGUGUCCUAUGUAUCUAGUCUAAUGCUGUCAUUGAAGAUAACCAGGUGCUCCCUCCAUGCAAGAUGCUCUCAUUGGCUGGCUGGUCGACUGAAUACAAAUGGCCAUGGGCCAAUUAUACUGGUUAUGUGAGUGAGUGAGUAUGGUUUUACGCCGCUUUUAGCAUUAUUCCAGCAAUAUCACGGCGGGGGACACCAGAAAUGGGCUUCACACAUUGUACCCAUGUCGGGAAUCGAACUUGGGUCUUCAGCGUGAUGAGCGAACGCUUUAACCACUAGGCUACCCGACCGCCCCUGGUUAUGUGAAAGGGUCAAACUGAGAGAGUGAAUACUAAAGUUUCUCUCCUCCUCCAUUUGAAUGUUUAGUUUGUAAUCGCCACGCCUCUGCUUGAGGGCUACACCAGAGUUUAGGCUUUCCUCCUGCAAUAAUCUAGCAUUAAAGGAUAAACUGAAAUACUGUUGAAAUGUCUCCCCUCACUCAUCGUGGUAACUUGGUCACGCGUGUUUCAGCUGCCUGGUGAUGAAACCGUGUUGUAUGGAGGGAGCACUGCAUGUAUUUUGUCUCGUGUAUCCUACACUGUAAAUAGCAUAAUACAGAUUUCUGACUGGGUGCUACUGUCUCCAUCUCCAAGCAUAGACUGCACUUACAAGACUGUUAACAGUUUCACAUACUGGCAUAGUGUCUCAUUAACAUCAGUAAAGCCUCUUUCUUUGGAAUCUUACAGAAUUUUUCCAAAAUUGUAGGGUAAAAGUUGAAGUAAAUUACGUUUUGUAAGCAAUUUCUGGAAAGAAUUGUUAGUCGGGUGAAAUAAGGCAAGUAUGGCAGUGUAUAAUAUAUAAUGAGGGGAUUAUUUGCAUCCUAUUUUGUCUUACAACCUUCUUUGACAUUAGUAAUCAGACUCGAUGGGAAGAAAAGAAAUUGUUUUCAGAAUAUUAAUUGUAAUCAACAUCGUCAAAUUUGGGUCUGUGGAUGUGUAAGAUCAUUGAAUGAAAACUUGCCUUAGUCCACUUCUAAGUGGUUUUGUUUAGCUGGUAUAUAUAUUGUAUAUAACAUGUGACAGGUCUUUGUUCAUAGGAUUUGAAUUAUUUUCAUUAGAAAAUGUGUUCUAUUUGGAACAUCAUGGUAAAAUAUUUUAAAUAUUUGGUGGCAAAAGAGUUGAGAAUUUGCUAGUAUAUGUGGUAAUUAUGAUUUUCAGUGUAGUGCAUUCAAUAAGUGUAAUGUGAUUUGGAUCAGUCUCUAUAGCUAUGUAUGAUGCACCUGUGUUUUGUAUGACCAGUUCAUACUUGAUAAUCUGUCGGGUAACCAUAGUUAUGGAUCCCCGGAAUCAGAUCUGUACUGAUAUCAUGUUUAAUAUUCAGUAUGAAGCUGCUAGCCUCAAUAAAUAACUCUUGUAAAUAA